AUGGCCAGCUGUGACAAAGUUGACAAUAUCAUGGUCUUUCCCGAUACUACGCACGUCGAGGUGUCUGAUCAAGAUGGAAAUGACUCAAUCGAGAAUGUAAACACUGGUCCAUUCGUCUGGCUUGUCGCAGGUGCGGCGUCCAUUGCUGGCUCCCUAUUCGGGUACGACACCGGUAUCAUUUCGGCAGUCCUUGUCUAUCUCGGUACAGACCUCAAUCACCACACAGCUUCUGCGAACGAAAAGGAACUGAUCACUUCGCUUUGCUCGGGUGGUGCUUUCAUUGGAGCCAUCAUUGCUGGCUUGACUGCCGACAGAUACGGUAGAAAGGUUGCGAUCUAUGCUGGGUGCUGUCUCUUCACCAUCGGUGCUAUCCUCCAAGCCGCUUCCUACACCAUUGCUCAAAUGGCCGUUGGACGUCUCGUUGUGGGCUUUGGCGUGGGAUCUGCCGCCAUGGUGGUUCCCUUGUACAUUGCCGAAAUUGCUCCAACGAAAGUACGCGGCCGCAUGAUCGGGCUAAACAAUAUGAGCAUUACUGGUGGCCAAGUUGUUUCGUACGGGAUUGGCGCGGCCUUUGCUCAUGUCACCCACGGCUGGCGAUAUAUGGUCGGUCUUGGUGCAGUCCCUGCCAUCAUCCUCGCGUGUAUCUUGCCCUUUUGCCCAGAGUCCCCACGGCAAUUGAUCUACCACGGAAAGAUCGAGGAGGCAACCAGGGUCAUCCAACGGAUCUACAAGCAAGCUUCGCCUGAACAAGUCCACGCCAAGGUUGCUCUCAUCGCUGCGGCCACUGAGGAGUCCAAGGCACUCAACGAGAACGAGACUCGGUGGUCCAAGGUCAAGAAACUUCAUACCAAUCCAGCGAAUUUCCGUGCUCUCGUCUGCGCUUGUGGCCUGAUGGUGAUUUCCCAGAUGUCCGGUUUCAAUACACUCAUGUACUACUCUUCAACCCUCUUUGCCUUGGUCGGUUUCUCCAACCCUGUGGCUGUCGGCUUGGUCGUUGCUGGUGUCAACUUUAUCAUGACUUGGGUCAACAUGAUGACUGUGGACCCUGUUGGUCGUCGUCGGGUUCUGAUCUGCACUGUUUGGGGAAUGUCUGCUGGGCUGCUCGCUGUCGCCGUAGCCUUCCACUUCAUUCCGGUCAACACUCACACUCUCGUUCUCGAAGCGACUACUGUCUCGGCGCCAGCAAUCGUCGUGCUCAUCUUCAUUAUUUGGUUCGUCUUCUUCUAUGGGGCCUCAGUAGGUAACACAGCGUGGAUGUCGACCGAUUUCUUUCCCAUGGAAGUGCGUGCGAUGGGCACAAUGUUCCUGACUUGUUCCUGCUGGGGUUCCAACAUCAUCGUCUCGUCGACCUUCCUCACCAUGAUGAAGAGCAUGACCCCAUCCGGCGCGUUUGGCUUCUAUGCCGCCAUCUGCGGCAUCGGCUGGGUUUUGAUCUACUUCUUCUACCCUGAAGUAUCAGGCUUGACGCUUGAGGAAAUAGGAGAGGUCUUCCAGCAUGGUUUCGGUGUCAGCUACGCCCGACAAUUGAGGAAGGAUCGCAAGGACAUCAUCGCGGAAAGGUCGAAGAGCAGCGAGAUGUCUGUCCCCAUAGGCCAUUGA